UCUUGUUUGCUAAUCAUUUCAUUUUACUCCUUUUUGAAGCACUGGCUUGUUUUUUUAUCCCACUUUUCAUUUCUCCACAAUCCGCGGCUGCUCGCCUCCCUCUGAUCCCCGGCUCUCCCCGCUCCGUCCUCCCGGCGUCAGGCGCUCCGGAUCCCGGCUGAUCGCGCUCCGCGUCUCCCUCUCUCUCCCCCCGGCUCCUCUGAGAUGCUCUCCCCGCUCUCCGCUCCUCUCUCCGCCCUCUUUUAACUUCACAGAGACGCCGGUUUAAAGCCCGGGCUGCUGCGAGCCGGGGCUGGGAUCUAAAACAAGCCCGGAGAAACCCAGAGGGAUCCGGGGCUCUUCUCUGGAUCAGGACCCGGUACUCGUGUGUCCCCCCCCCGCCCCUCCUCCUCCUGCGCAUUGCUCCUCUUUUCUCCACCUUAAUCCAGGUGGUCCUUUGGCUUUUUUGAGUGGCUGCUACAGGGAGGAUUAUUCUUCUUCGUCUUCUUUCGUGUUUCUGGUGAAGACAAAGCUCCCAGAAGGACACUUUGAUGUUCUCCAUCCAGGACAGCCUCCCCCGGGGGGCCCUGACCAUGAAGGAGGAGCCGCUCCCCACCGGCAUGACCCCGGUCCGCUCCUGGAUGCAGGGCGCAGGGAUUUUGGACGCCAACACAGCGGCUCAGAGUGGCGUUGGUUUGGCCCGGGCUCACUUCGAGAAGCAGCCUCCGUCCAACCUGCGCAAGUCCAACUUCUUCCACUUCGUGCUGGCGCUGUACGACCGUCAGGGCCAGCCGGUGGAGAUCGAGAGGACCUCCUACGUGGACUUCGUGGAGAAAGACAAGGAGUACAACGGAGAGAAGACCAACAACGGGAUCCACUACAGGCUACAGCUCCUCUACAGCAACGGAAUCAGGACAGAACAGGAUCUGUACGUCCGGCUGAUAGACUCCAUGACCAAACAGCCCAUCCUGUACGAAGGUCAGGACAAAAACCCGGAGAUGUGCCGCGUCCUCCUCACCCACGAGAUCAUGUGCAGUCGGUGUUGUGACAAGAAAAGCUGUGGAAACCGAAACGAGACGCCCUCUGACCCCGUCAUCAUCGACAGAUUCUUCCUGAAGUUUUUCCUCAAGUGCAAUCAGAACUGUUUGAAAAAUGCGGGGAACCCUCGAGACAUGCGGCGGUUCCAGGUGGUGGUUUCCACCACGGUCAACGUGGACGGUCACGUGUUAGCCGUAUCAGACAACAUGUUCGUACACAACAACUCCAAACAUGGCCGCCGCGCCCGCCGCCUGGACCCCUCUGAAGCAGCCACGCCCUGCAUCAAAGCCAUCAGCCCCAGCGAGGGCUGGACGACCGGCGGAGCCACCGUCAUCCUCAUCGGGGACAACUUCUUCGACGGCCUGCAGGUGGUGUUCGGCACCAUGCUGGUGUGGAGCGAGCUCAUCACACCUCACGCCAUCCGGGUCCAGACUCCGCCUCGCCACAUCCCCGGGGUGGUGGAGGUCACGCUGUCCUACAAGUCCAAACAGUUCUGCAAAGGAGCGCCGGGACGCUUCGUCUACACUGCCUUGAACGAGCCCACCAUCGACUACGGCUUCCAGAGGUUACAGAAGGUCAUCCCUCGCCACCCCGGAGACCCCGAGAGGUUACCUAAGGAGGUGCUGUUGAAGCGAGCGGCAGACCUGGUGGAGGCUCUGUACGGGAUGCCGCACAACAACCAGGAGAUCAUCCUAAAGCGGGCGGCGGACCUCACCGAGGCGCUCUACAGCGUCCCCCGCAGCCACAACCAGCUGCCUUCGCUCACCGGCUCCGCCGCUCACUCGGGGAUGAUGGGAGUCAACUCGUUCAGCAGUCAGCUCGCCGUCAACAUCUCCGAGGCCUCGCAGGCCGACCAGGGUUACUCCCGUAACUCGAACAGCGUGUCUCCUCGCGGCUACGUGCCGAGCUCCACGCCUCAGCAGUCCAACUACAACACCAUCACGUCCACCAUGAACGGAUACGGCGCGGCGGGGAUGACCAACCUGGGCGUCCCGGGAUCCCCCAGCUUCCUCAACGGCUCCACCGCCAACUCCGCUUACGCAAUCAAACAGAAGAGCGCCUUCGCCCCUGUCGUGCGGCCACAGACCUCCCCGCCCCCCACCUGCACCACCACCAAUGGCAGCAACCUCCAGGCCAUGGCAGGUCUGAUCGUGCCGCCCAUGUGAGGAGGAGCCAGACGCCGCCAGACCCCUCCCCCGACCCCGAAUCCCAAACUGAAGCGCCAUAAGAGAAAGACCCUCCCCGUCGUCCCCCAGAUCCACCCACCGGCCCACAAUGCACCGCUGCACCCGACCAGCCAGAAGAGCCUCCGCGUGGAUCCCACCGCAGUCAGCGGGUGGCGUCGCUUCGCCGCCGCCAUCGCCCAAGAGGAAACAUCAGAAAGACUCGGACUGUCUGGUCAGAAGCAGGAAACGUCUCGGCGAAACAUGAAAUGUUUCGUCCUUCACUCAGACUUCUGUGAGACAGAAAGCGUUGUGUGAGAGGUCAGAGAUCUUUAGACCUGCUAAACGUUAAACCGCGGGAAAGACAAGACGGCUUGUCGAAUGCCAACAAAACAGGAAACAUAUUGUCUGCAAACAGGAAGCCACCGAAACACCAAAAUAAAAGCACAAAGCGUGUCAGCUGGAAGACGAAGUCUUCGAGAGACGAGAGGCCAGUGAAACAUGUUUCCUAAAGACGGAAUGAAUACUAGAUCUGUCUAAAUGAAAACUUCAGCAAUAUGAAGGUUCUCGCCAAACACAAAACAAUUAAUUUGACGUCAUGCUGCCAAACU